AUGCGCUUUAAGUGUAUGGCGUGGGUUUGACCUAGGUUAAGUGGAUCUGCAAUAUAGCAGCUGCAGCCUUACCCAUACGGGCUUAUCGUGUGGCAGGAAGCACGGAAAUGCACUUUGCAUAAUGAACAACAGAGAAUGUUUUCAGAGUUUUGAAAGGAACCUCUUCUACAGGACUUGUGUGUGCUGGAGCAGGCAAGACUGGAUGUCUUUCUAGAGCCACAGGCCCUUCUGGGACUGCUCAGUGGCUUUAGGCCUGGAAGUCAGAUGCCCAACUCUGUCCCCAGACUUGGCUAUAUCAUUGCUCACCUCAACUCCAGAUGACUAAUGAAUUAGCAGGCUGGGUGCCUUCUUUCAUGAUGGCAGAGUCAGCCGAAGAAACGCUGCUAUAUGUGGAACAUCGCUAUGUCUGCUCGGAGUGCAGCCAGCAGUUCAGCUCCUUGGAGGAAGCGCUAGUGCAUCAGCAGAGCCACCUGUGUUCUCAAGAGCAGCAGUAUCAAGUGGUGGGGCUGGCAGAAGCUGGGCUGGUGGCAGGAAGUGAGGCUGGUCUCUAUCAGACUGUAACUGUGCAGGAAAGCCAGUACCAAUGUUUAGAGUGCGGACAAAUCCUCCUGACUCCAAGUCAGUUGCUGGAACACCAGGAGAUGCACCUCAAGAUGGUGACCCAGGAACCGGAAUCCUUGGUGAAACCUCUGAGCUCCAGCCAGAUCCAUUAUGAAUGCAUAGAAUGCAAGGCUCUGUUUACUAGCCAGGAUGUGUGGCUUGCUCACCGGCAGACCCACCGUAAGCCACCAGAGCCACCAGCUGCUGCUCCUCAGAGUCGGGCACUAGUAACCCUGGAGCAUUCAUACCGUAAGCCAGAGGACGGAGGGGACUCUGGGGGAACUGUGCAACUGCUGCUGUAUGAAUGUGGCGAGUGUUUCCAGCUGUUUCAGUCAACAGCAGACUUCCUGGAGCACCAGACCACACACCAAGUGAUCCAACCAUCCCCAGGGACACGAGCAAAAGAACCGCCUGCCUCCUGCCCUGCAGAACCAAAGGGAUUGCUGCCAUCGCAACCAAGUUUAGUGAGUGUGAACAAUGGGGCCGUGCCCCCACCAACCCCUACCAGUGUCACAGCCACUGAUCAUAGCUAUGAGCUGAAGAACAGCCCGGCAGAGCAGCCAACCCGGAAAGUGAAGCAGGCCACCAAGGAGCACUUGUGCACUGAGUGUGACCAACUGUUUCCUUCAGCCCAUAAGCUCCAGCUUCACAUGAGGAGCCAUCGGCAGGGUGCUUUCAAAUGUCCACUCUGCAGUAAGGUGCUGCCAUCUCCAGCUGCACUCGAGAAGCAUCGGGAGGAGCACAGCGGGGAGUCACGUUUCCUGUGUGUGGACUGCGGUCUGGGCUUCGGCACUGAGGCUGUGCUGUUGUCCCACCGCCGCACGCACUCUUCAAACCCUCUGUACCGCUGCACUUGUGGAAAGACCUUCAUCAACAUGACCAAGUUCCUCUACCAUCGACGCUCCCACAGUGCCAAUUCAGCACAGACCUCUGAGUUGCCUGCAUCUCCUCCCGAAGACCAGCCUCUUGAGGAGGAGCCAUCUGAAGACUCUGAACAACCAGAGCAGCAGCAGCAGCAAGAGGUUGUUCCAUUGGCCAUUAUCUGUUCAGUGGACAAUGCUGCUGCCUUGGUUGAUGGCAAAGCCCAGGAGCAAAACCCUGAUGAGUUCCAGUGUCAGAUGUGCAGCAAGACCUUUCCCAAGCAGGCACAGCUCUCACGUCAUCAGCGCUUUGCUCACAAGAUGGAGCGCCGUCACAAGUGUCUGACUUGUGGCAAGAUGUUCAAGAAGAAAUCCCACAUGCGCAACCAUCUCUUGACUCACACUGGGGAAAGGCCAUACCACUGCAAGGAGUGUGGCAAGAGCUUCAACUCGCCAGCCAACCUGCAGCGCCACCGCCUGACGCACACAGGUGAGCGGCCCUACCGCUGUGAUAUCUGCCAAAAGUGCUUCACACAGUCGUCCACCCUGCAGCAGCACCUCCUGGUGCACAGCCGCCACUACCCUUAUAAAUGUCAAGAAUGUGGCAGUGUCUUCCACCGGCCCUACCGCCUGCUCAUGCACCGCUACCACCACACGGGGGAGUAUCCCUAUAAAUGCCAGACCUGUGGCCGGUCCUUCUUGCUUCGUCGCCUGUUGGAGGUCCACCAGCUGAGCCACACUGGCCAGCAGCCCCAUCGCUGCACAUCUGGCUGUGGGGCAGCCUUUGUCACUGCUGAGCAGCUGAAGGAGCACAAGUGUGGUAAGAUGAGCCGUCACUUUGAGUGUUCUGUCUGCGGCAAGAAGGUUGGCUCAACAGCGCAGCUGAGAGCCCAUGAACAGAUGCAUGGGGACAUCCAAGUUCCAGAAGGAAUGGAAGAAGAGCCCCCGAUGCUUGAACCACCUCCACCUCGACCGCGCCGCCCCACCUGUCCCAAGGCUUUUGAGUGCAGCGACUGCAAGAAACUGUUUAGCACAGAGACCUCGCUACAGGUUCACCGCCGCAUCCACACUGGCGAGCGCCCGUACCCUUGCCCAGAUUGUGGGAAGGCCUUCCGGCAGUCCACGCACCUUAAGGAUCACCGUCGUCUGCAUACCGGCGAAAAGCCCUUUAAAUGUGACGAGUGCGGGAAGGCAUUUACCAUCGCUGUGCGGCUGGCUGAACAUAAGCGGAUUCACACAGGGGAACGUCCGUACCAUUGCGAUGCUUGCGGCAAGGCCUACCGCUCCUUCUCCAACCUCUGGAAGCACCGCAAGAUGCAUCAGCAGCAGCGCCUGCAGCAUGAGCAAGAGGUUAUGGCAGAGGCUGUCGCUGCUGCAGCCGCAGCUGCAGCAGCGGCUGCAACAGCCACAUCAUCAUCCUCAGUGACGCCUAGUGAGCAGGUCUAUGGCAACACCGUAACCAUUAUGGAGACCAUCCCAGUGGUGGAGACCAUUGAAAUCUACCCUUCAGAUGCGGGGGUUCAUUUUGAGAACAUCCAGGUGGAGAAUGUCCAGAUUGGGGGAGUUUGAGUUGGGCGGGGGGGAGUAAGAUGGGCAGCUGGCCACGCUUUGUGGACUGGGAGCUGCUGCUCUCUGGCUCCCCCUUACUGGGGCUCUAGUGUAGCUGCAACAAUGUCUGCUCCCUAGUUUUUAUCCACGCUGUCUCUGCUGUCCACAUCUUGGCUGUUUCUGGAAUGUGGCUGCAUCAUCUUCACUUCUCCAGUUCUGUAGCUGAACAAGGCUCCAUUUCCGCCAACCCAGUUCACCAGGACAGCAGUGCUUGGGCACUCUAUGCCAUCAUGGGCUCCGAUCCUCCCAUUUCCUCUGGGGUUGGUCAGUUCUUUCCCACUCAACUGUAUGAAACACGGCUUUUUAAAUUUUCAGUGACAUGGGCAACCAACCCUCACCCCCCCCCAGUCUCAAGAAUGCCCAGUAGCAGCCUCUUCCAUGGCUCAGCCCCACUAUUGCUAAAUGUUUUGUUUGUUUCCUAGUGUGGUCCAGGGAAUAGCUUCCCUGCUAGGGUUCAUCCUGAAUUGUAAAUACCUCUUACCUGGAUUUCCCCUGUUCACUGGGGGAACCUCUCUCCCUGUUUGCUGUUGGUUCCCCAUCACCCACAUCCCCCUGUGAUCCAUAACAGCUUCUUUUAUUUGGUUUCUUGCUAACUGGAUUUCUCCCCAUGGCUGCUGGAGAAUUUUGUUAUUUCAUAUGAGAAUUAAACAAGAAUCAAAGUGCU